CCCCCGGAGGUCAGCUCUCGGAUAUUCAGCGACCUGGACGUUGAGAGCUUGUGUCACGCGGCCGUGACGUGCAAGGGCUGGCACCGCGUCAUCGAGAGCAACGACCGCUUAUGGAGGCACCACUGCUUGAGCGUGAGGGCUGUCUGCCAGCGGGAGAUCGACUGCGAUCGAGGAAAUGGCUAUUCCUGGAAGAUCACAUUACUGAGAAACUACUGGAAAAGCAAAGUGAAGCAAGAAUGGCUGAGCGGGAGAUACAGCAACAUCCCAUCACAAAACAGCUUGCCAGAGAAAAGCAUGUAUCCGAUGGAUGUCGACACAUGGGGAGAAAUCCUGGAAGCGGAACUUGAGAGAUGA